CGGUUAACUUUUGCGAGACGUUCAGUCAGAGUCGAGAUAUCGCUCCGCAAGCAUCAUCACACAAUGAUGUUCAACACUCGUGUAUUAUUUUCACUCUUUGUACUGUUCCUGUGCGAAUUUAUUCUCAACGUACAGCCCGUAAACACGACUCAGAUUUUUUUCAACCAAAAUUCAAAUGUCGCAGAACGAUAUCGUUAUGUCGUCAAGACGUUCACUGUCCCGGUGGAUCAUUUCAGUUUUGCCAUAAAUCAUACGUUCGCCUUGAGAUAUCUCGUAAACAAUGAAUGGCAGUAUGGCAAAAAUCCUCCGAUAUUUUUCUACACUGGUAACGAGGGAGACAUCAAGAUGUUUGCGGAAAAUUCCGGCUUCAUAUGGGACAUUGCUCCGGAAUUUGGAGCUUUACUCGUUUUUGCCGAACAUCGUUAUUACGGCGAGUCAAUGCCUUAUGGCAACAAAUCUUACACAGAGCCAAAGUACUUAGGAUAUUUGACGGCCCAACAAGCGAUGGCUGAUUUCGUUGAUUUAAUUCAAUUCAUCAAGUCGGAUGAAAACCUUAAACACAGUCCUGUGAUAGCUUUUGGCGGCUCUUACGGUGGUAUGCUCAGUGCCUGGAUUCGUAUGAAAUAUCCUCAUAUAAUACAUGGAGCAAUUGCAGCAUCCGCACCGGUAUUAUAUUUUACUGGAAUAACGGAUUGUCAAGCAUAUUCGAGAAUCGUGACGUCAGACUUCCGACAAGCGAAUCCGAAAUGCCCGGAACUCAUUCGGAAAUCUUGGCGCACAAUAGCCAACGUCUCGUCCACAGACGAUGGUAAAAAAUGGCUGUCGACGACGUGGAAGCUCUGCAGACCUCUGAAAAAUACAACGGACGUUAAAGAUCUCAAGAAUUGGAUCGCUGACGCUUAUUCGACAUUGGGAAUGCUCAAUUAUCCUUACGAGACGAAUUUCCUAAAGCCACUUGCCGCGAAACCGAUAUCCGUUUUCUGUCAUCAUCUUACGAAUUCGAGCCUCAACGGUAAAGACUUAUUGGUCGCAUUGAACAAAGCGAUAAACACGUACGCCAAUUAUACCGGGCAAACGAGUUGUCUAGACCUCGACGUUCUCAGUCGUGAUUUGGGUAUAGAGGGAUGGUCAUAUCAGGCCUGCACAGAGAUGGUAAUGCCAAUGUGCAGCAACGGAGUCCACGACAUGUUCGAACCAACCCCGUGGAAUUUCCAGGAAUACAGCGACGAAUGUUUCAAAAAAUAUCAAGUCAGGCCCCAAGUCAACUUGGCCUGUCAAAAUUACGGCUGCAAAGACCUUUCUGCAGCUACAAAUAUCGUUUUCAGCAACGGUUUACUCGAUCCCUGGUCAGCUGGUGGUGUUUUAACGAACGUCUCGUCCACGGCAAGUGCGGUGUUGAUACCAGAAGGUGCGCAUCAUCUUGACCUUCGAGGUGCUAAUUCUCACGACCCCAGCGACGUGGUUCAAGCUCGACAAUACCACAUUUCCUCGAUUAAGAAAUGGAUCAGGCAUCAUCGUACCCUCCAUCGAUUGGAAAAUUUGGAACAUAACAUGUAGAUUAAAAACAUCACGAUUCAGUGAUGAACGAUGAAGAAAACGUUGACUGACAUACCCUUUACCUUUUCAUAAGAAAAAUUGAACACUCUUGAAAAAUGUGUGCUGCCGGUUUUUAUGGACGAAAAAGCUUGACCGAAAAAUUGAUGGAUGUAUUAAGAAAUAAUUAUUGACUGAUGUACACUUAAUUUUUCAAUCUGGACAAAAAUUUUAUAAUUUUCAGCUAGGUCAAAACAAUUGUUACAAGUUUCUUGUUGUUGUUGUUGUUGUUGUUGUAAUGAUACAAGAACAUUGUAACUUUAUUUGCGAAAUAAAUAUCAGUUCUGUCGUACGGGUUA